AUGGCGGGUCCGCAACCUCAGAGGAGACUGCGUUGCAUAAUCAUCGGUGCAGGUGUAUCAGGCAUUUUGAUAGGUGACUUUCUCAAAGUUUGGUGGGCUCGAGAGCAGACGUUAACUCACAUCGCAGCAAUAAAAUUACGAGAGACACUCAAAGACAAGGUUGACUUCUGGAUUUUGGAGAAGAACGAGGAUGUGGGUGGGACUUGGUUUGAGAACAGAUAUCCAGGUUGUGCCUGCGACGUACCGAGUCAUAUAUAUCAGUACAGCUUCUGUCCAAACCCGUAUUGGUCAACCUUCUAUGCAUCUUCUGCAGAGAUCCGAUCAUACUUGAAAGCCGUAGUAUACCACUAUGGGAUCAACGAGUAUAUCAGUUUCAAACACUCGGUCAACAAAGCCGUGUGGAAUGAAAAUCGAGGCAAAUGGACCGUCUCAGUGGCAGGCCAAGGAGCUUUCGAGUGUGAUAUUCUCAUAAACGCCAGUGGCAUCUUAAAUCAUAUCCAACACCCAAAUCUCAAGAAUCUGGGUGAUUUCCAAGGUUUGGUUUUGCACAGCGCGGCCUGGAAUGAGGAUACAGAUCUCCGUGGCAAACGGGUGGCUAUCAUCGGGGCCGGAGCCAGUGCCAUACAACUUCUCCCUGCGAUUCAAAAAGAUGUGGAACACGUUGACAUCUACAUCCGAACACCGUCUUGGAUAACCCCUCCGCCGCUUGAGACCAUGAGGCCUGCAAGAGGCCAUGAUUAUACCUCAGGAGAGAAGCAAAAGUUUCGGGACGACCCAGAAUACUCGGUCAAAAUCCGGAAAGAAAUGGAGUCGAGUUGCAACAAAUUGUACAAAGCAUUCAUCAAGAGCAGUGAUGAGCAACGUGACAUUCGGAGGAAACUGGAGGAAAGCAUGAAAUCGCUGCUAGCCGACGCCGAGCUGCAGGAAAACCUGAUCCCUACAUUCGAGGUGGGCUGCCGGAGAGUAAAUCCAGGAGAGCCCUACUUGGAAGCUCUGCAGAAACCGAACGUUCAACCAAUUUUUGAUUCCAUCGACGAAGUAACGCCCCACGGCAUUGUGGCGGCCGAAAAGCUUCGACUCGCCGACAUCAUUAUCGCGGCGACGGGCUUUGACACCUCCUUCAGACCGAGAUUUCCAAUCAUCGGCCAGAAAGAUAUCGAUCUCCGAGAACGGUGGAAGGACGAUCCCGUGGCGUACUUUGGCCUAGCCGUGUCGGGAUUCCCAAAUUAUCUGAUGUUCUUAGGACCAAAUACCCCCAUCUCGAAUGGUAGUCUGAUGGGCACUCUGGAGGCGACAGCGGACUAUUUCGUUCGGCUGAUUGAGAAAUUCAUCCACGAGAAGGCCAUGUCGUUCAAUGUGCGGUGUGAGGUUCAGGCAGACUUUGACGCUCAUACGCAAAAUCUGAUGGAGGACAUGGUUUGGACUGGAACCUGCCGAUCCUGGUACAAGAACAAGAGCGGCAAGGUGACUGCUCUGUGGCCAGGGAGCUCGUUACACUAUCGGGAAAUUUUGGAGUCCAACCGAUGGGAGGACUUCGUGUGGCAAUACCAAGGCAAUCGAUUUUCGUAUUGGGGUCAGGGAUUUGCCAGGGUAGAGACAUCCGACAGUGCAGAGCCUGGAGAUCUGGCGUACUACAUACGCCAACACGAGCCACUGCCCCUUGAGGCGUAUUAUCUCUCUGCAAAAGCCUCCCCUGGCCGCCCAAGGAUUGGACACCAUUUCCGACACCCGGUUGAGGCUGACAAAGAAGUCGAGGUUGCCGGGGAUUCUGGAAGUGAGUCCUCAUGGGAGUCAAAGAUUGUGGAUCCACGGACAUGUGAAGCCGCAGGUUUCAGUGUCUAA